CGCGGGCUGCGCGCGUUGCGCCCUCGCCGGAUCCUUGCCCGGCCCUAUCAUGUAAUACGAACCUCGAGGUCACCAAGCAUAUCUGAGUCUCUGUUUAACAUGAGGACGAAAGAAGAGGGCUCAGCCCUUCUCGUCCCAUCGAUAUCGCUUUCAGCCAACCCUUUCCAAGUUUGCCAUUGAGAAACUAUGGCAGCCGCAACUGACUCUGGAAUCCCUACCUUCCCUCCGGAAGUCAUUGCAGCCUCACUCUCCUCCCCGCCCUUCGUAGCCGUUGAUGGUGUAAUCAACAUACGCGACUUUGGCAACUACCUGUCUGCGACCUCGCCCAACGCGAUAGUCAGGCCGGGCUACCUCUUCAGGUCGGGCGAGCCUAGUCGCGUUAGCCCGAGCGGGGUGGACGCGUUCCGCGCCCUUGGGAUAAAGAAGGUGUUCGACCUCCGCGCAGACGUGGAGAUCGCAAAGUUCAAGACCGCGAACCCGGGGAUCGAGGGCGUGCAGUUCGUGAGGGCGCCUAUAGUUGAUAUGGCGUUCGACCCAGUGAGUCUCGCUCAGAGGUUGAAACAGUUCGAGACCAGCGAGGCCGAGGCAUUCUUGACACUAUACUCCGAGAUCCUACGAUCUGGGGGGACUGCCGUGGAGACGGUGUUCCUUCAUCUCCGUGACCAUCCGGAUGAGCCGUGCCUACUGCAUUGCACUGCAGGCAAGGAUCGCACCGGUGUCUUUGCAGCUCUAAUUUUGUCGUUCCUCGGCGUGAGCGACGAAGAUAUCAUCAAGGACUACACGCUCACCACCGUUGGACUGCAGCCCGCGCUACCCCUGCUCGUGGCGCGCUUCGAGAAAGAGCAGGUCUACCGCGACAACAGAGCCGGCACACUUAAUAUGGCGAACGCGAAGCCGCAGACGAUGCAGAAUUUCCUCAACUGCGUGCGCGAGAAGUACGACGGCGUGGAGGGGUACCUCAAGACGCACACAAGGCUGGCGGCGGACGAUUUGGCUCGCAUCCGUGCUAACCUCCUCGUCCCUGCGUAAAGGAAAAUUCAGUGGAGGUCCUCGUACAUGGCCCUCGAACAACCUCCGGAUUGAGGGGAGUAACGCUGCUUUCAUCGCCUCCAGAUAGACCAUGUAUAUUGGACCAAUGUCGCAACACUCGCUCCGUCACCGGGUUGUAUAGCCCGAUUCAAUCGCUCCUACUCAGGAAGUCGCGUCCGUGAAUUAUUGUCAAGACAUGCACCCAGAAUCAACUCCGGGCUACGUCAAGUAAUGGCUGUGC